AGCGUCAGAAGAACAGCAUGAUGGGAUAUGAGAGUCCUCCGGCGGCGCGCUGCCGCCAUGUCACCUAGAGAGAAACAUUUAGCGAUUCUCUCUGUUUUAGCCAUAGUUAGUCUUGCUCUUUAUUAUAUUCCUACUUUUCUUUGGGCGACUUUAAUUCUUGCUAUUUGUUGUAUUGUGUGUUACUAUCUCAGCGGAGAACCGCUUCCCGCCAGGUUAGGCCUCAAUCCGCGGGCUGGCCUGACCGUCCCAGCCGUUCUCCGGCGCUGGUUGUGGGGUUGGGGGGUGACCGGCGUGUCGGUGGCCGCACGGGGGAGAACGAAGAGCGGCAGAAACAAAACCGAGCUCCGGGAAGCAGAGGGACACUUCAGAGAAAGGCUCGUUGAACCUGGGAUUUAUCGGAGGGAAACCUUGGAAAGUGACUCAUUUCUGUUCAGCCCUCGGGAUUUCCUCAUGGGGAGUUACAUCGGGAAACCCGAGAGUCCAGCCGCCGACACCGGGAGGCCAAGAGCGGGGAGAAACCCCCGAGAGCAGCUGCGGGAAAAACUGGCCAGACCCAACCAUGCUGUCUAUACACCUAACAGGAGGCUGUCGUUUGCUGGGGAGCCGCUGGGCACAGGCAGGUUCACCAUCACCCCCCAGCGCCACUACCCCCUGCAGCAGCCGGGUGUCUCAUCAGUGGGAGUCUUGCCUCCUGUCAAGUGGGAUGGCUUCAGGAAGAAAAACAUCCUCAGCCCUCGUAACUCUCCGGCAGUCCACAGCCCAGUCACUGUGAAGAUUGCCCGGCCUGACCACCACAGCUCCCCCAGCUUGGACCAUCUGAGUUGUGCUGGCCUCCCCAGGGCCCCUGUGGACCCCUGCUCCAGAGAAAGUGUCCUCAAGGUGUUGAAGGAAAGUCGCAAGAGAGAAGUGGAGGAUGAGGACAGAAGCUUCACAACUGAACAGAAAAGCAAAAGAAGGCGUAACGACAGCGGUGGAAGUGCCCACUCUGCUUUUGAGCGUCUUCUGCCCAAUGGGACGCCAUCACAGCUGGUCCCCAAGCCAGGAAGCCUGAAAAGAGGGAUGACCUCACUGGCGGAGGAUUCCCUCAUGAAGAGGUCUCGCACCUCCUCCAUCAGCUCUGGCAGUGGGGUCCAUGCUCCGAGAGGAACCCCAGGCAGCAGGAGAAACCCUAUCCAGAGCUCCUAUAGCUCUUCACUAGGCCUCAACCAGUGGAAGAAGCGGUCGGCACCCAGCCCCCCUCUGUCCAGCCCCGGGUCAUCUCGCUCUCAGACUCCAGAGGGAGCCUCCAAAAAAGCCAGAGAGGACGAUGGGCAGUCGCCCAGCUCAGCAUCCUCAGUGAGGUCAGAGCAGACAGCCUCCGACAAGGCACCUGUUACUUCCAAACUGACACCAGUCCCCAAGGUCCCAGUCACUACCUCAUCUGACUCUACUGGUAGUGGUGGGAAGAGGAAACGGAAGAUCCAGCUGGUGUCCAGCCAACGGGAUGAUCAAAUCUCUCUGCCUCCGCCUCCAGAGCUUGGUUACACUAUUACUGUGAAAGACCUUGAUGAGGAGAAAAAGGCUGCCCUCAGCAAGAUCCAGAAGGUCCUGGAGACACCUGCUCCAGAGCCAGAGAAGUCUGUCAGUCCCCCAGCAACCACUUCUACCCAGCCGGCAUCCUCCACCAGCUCCACCACCACCACCACCCUGAGCAGCCUUCUGGCAGCUCCUCUGCCCACAGUCCCCAGCUCUGCCAUCCCAGUCAUCAACCUGGAUCCCAGCCCCAGCAUUAGUGUCAGCACGGCACCUGCAACCCCCAACCCCCUGCUGGAGGCUCUGAAAGUGAAGAUCAGCACUCCGGCUAGCUCCACACCUGCUGCCAACACAACUUCAGUGUCUGCUUCGACUACACCGUUACAACCCGGGGGCUUAAUCCUGAAGGUUUCGACCUCAGUGGUUACCCCGCAGGUGCCUCCUUCCUCCCAGUCUCAGUCCUCCUCUGCUGGUGUGGAGCAGCCCUCUGCCUUUACUCAGGUGCUGGCUCAAGUCUCCAAGGCUUCCAGCAGCACUCCACCUGUAGCAGCAGCAGGCCUGUUUGGACUGGGGAGUCAGUUCAGCGCUGCUGCUGCUUCUUCUGCCUCAAACCCAGUCGCUGCUACUGCCGCUGCCCCUGCCCCUGCCAGCAGCUCAGCGUCACUCAGUAACACCAACCCUCUGCUGGCUUCAGGGUUCAAGCCCAUUUUUUCUGUCACCACCACCUCUUCAGCUACAACAGCCCCAGAGAACAAACCCCCUGUCCCAGAUUUUAAGCCCAUCUUUGGAGCUGCCACUGCAGGCGCUGGCUUUGGACAACCUCCACCUUACACCGCCACCACCAACCCAGCUUCUACGGUUUCUUCAAGUAGUACAUCCUCAAUGUUUGGUGCACCAACAAGCAGCACUAAAGUUACCCCAUCUGCUUUCCCUGUUACUGCCACCCUUACUGGCGCAGCCUCCACCGGCUCCAUCGCCACCACACAGCCUGCAGCUCAGCCAGCUGUGAAAUCCCUCUUUGGGAGCUGGUCAGCACCAUCCACAACAAGUAGCAGCUCAGCCCCAGCACAGGCCCCAAAUACAGGGAGCACAUUUCAGUUUGGGACUGCUACCACCACUACUGCAGCUGCCCCCGCUGCUGCAACCACAACCUCCAACAGCACCUUUGGAUUUGGUGCCGCACAGCCGGACCCUCAAGCAGUCAACCAGAAGGUAUUCGCUUUUGGCCAGACAGCACCCAGCCAGAGCACAACUACUGCUUCAUUUGGAGGCUUUGCCAUGGCCACCACAGCCUCCACCACUGCCCCUGCCACCACCCAGUCCACCUUCGCUUUUGGAAAGUCAUCGUUUCAAGCACCGGCAGCGCAGCCAAACUUUGGCUCCUCAGCGGCCCAGCCGAAGCCAUUCACCUUUGGAGGCAGCGGAGGAACAUCAUCCACACCUGCCUCUAACCCCGCCCCGGCACCUUUUGCUUUUGGCUCAGCUGCUGCCACAACAGCAACCAGUUUUGGGACCCCAGCUCCACCAGCGUUUGGAGCCAGCUCCUCUGGUUUUGCUUUUGGUGGCACCACAGCUCCUUCGGCUGCACCAAGCUUUGGCGCAACAACUCAGACUCAGAGUUCCUCCUCAGCGACCUUCAACUUUGGCAGUUCUGCUCCUCAGCCGGCUCCCUCCACCUUUGGCAGUGCUGCUCCUCAGCCGGCUCCCUCCACCUUUGGCAGUGCUGCUCCUCAGCCGGCUCCCUCCACCUUUGGAAGUGCUGCUCCUCAGCCAACUCCCUCCACGUUUGGCAGUGCUGCUCCUCAGCCGGCUCCCUCCGGCCCUGCUCAGUCAGCAACCAGUGGAUUUAACUUUGGUUCUGGUAUGCCAGUACCCCAGUUUGGAACACCAGUCUCCAAUAACCCUGCACCACAGAUGGGAGGCUUCAACUUUGGGGCUACUGGUACUGACAAACCAGCUUUUGGGACGUCAACCCCAUCCUUCGGACAGAGUGCUGCGGCAGGUCCAAUUCCAUUCGGAAGUCCUGGAACUCCAGUCCAAGGCUUCAACGCUGUUCCUUUCGGGUCUCCAGCGACACCCUCCUUCUCCAUCGGAGCUGGAUCAAAGCCAUCCGGAGCUCGCCAGAGGCUGCAGGCACGGAGGCAACACAACAGGAAGAAGUAACUUGCUACAUGUGUCCAGCUCCGCUUUCAGAGGACUUCAGCUGUUGCUGCUGUUGCUGCUAUGGUUAAUCUGGCUAACAUUGCUCUGUUCUAAGUCCACCACCCCCCCACAACCAGGCCGCCACCAUGCCCUCUGCUUCCUUCCCCUCCUGCUGUGGGUCGUGCUGGCCCGAAACAUUGUGAUUGCAGAGGAGUUUGAAAGAGCACACCAGCUUGUUGAGUUAAUGCUGCCUGGAUGACUACAUGACCCAGUGAGGGAAUGUAGCAGUGAGGAGACACAAUGUACUAUACUUGAAGAGAGAGAGGGAGGACAAUUGAAUAGUUUGAUUCUGAACAAAAGCAUAUCCAAAGUUUUUUUUUUUUUCAUUUUCAGUAUGUGGACACUCCCAUUGGUUCGUCUUAAGGAAAAAGUUGAGUCCGGCAAAGACAUGGAGCCUCGGCUCAAACAUUUAUUUUUUUACGUGGAACGCUCGCUGGUUUGUAUGUUACAGAAUAUUUGAGUACAUUAUCUGAACUAGUCUGAAUAGGGUGAAAUGCACAGUGGAUUCAGAUAAGGUACACAACACUGCAGUGUAAAUGUAUGAGACGUUUGAGUUUUUAAAUUAUUUUUUUAAUUGGCUCUCUGACCCUGUAAAUGAAUGAUGUGUUUCUGCACUUAAGGGCGCCGUAGUAAAUGUCUUAAUGUAGUUAGUGCAGACCCUUGUGUUCUUGUUUCAUACUCUUUGUCAUUGCAAGCAUUCCCAGAGUCCUCCCAUGGACGGCCUUUUUUUUUUUUUUUUUUUAAUAGUGAUUGCCAACACUGUUGUAAUUAGCAGGUCAGUAUCUGAUUAGGAUGACUACUCUUAACUUGUGCUGACAAAACCAAAGCCAAUUCUUCAACUUCAUGCCUGUGAAAAGAAUCUGUGAUCUUUAUCUCCUCUUUAAAUCCUGAGAUGUGUUUGUUUGUGCCAGACUACCUCUCUUUACUCCAGGCACUGAAUCCAUGUUACUUCACUGAAAAAUAAAUCUGACAGGAUCGAUUUAGACUUUACCUUUAACUACUGUUAAUGCAGAUGUACCUUUAAUAAAUAGUGAUUUUUUUUUAAACAUCUGCACACCAACACAUUAUCUUCACCUCUGGGAUAUCGCUGUUAUACUAGAUUAUACCACAUUAAUUUAAUGUCAGAUGUACUAAAAUACAAACCCUUCUCUGUUUAGUAAUUACAGAAAUUCUCAAACUGUAAUGACCGUAAACUCAUUAAUGUCGGCAGUCAAGUUAUUUUAUCAAUGAUUUCUGUUCUCACCUCUACUUGUGAAAAGUGAGCAGUAUCUGAUGCAGUUUUUGAUGGUUAAUUUUGAAUUAAUAAAAAAUGAAUUUUGGACAUGGAUGUUCCAACAAGAACACA